UUUUGCAACUAAUCAGUCACUUCAUUUUUCUGGCACAUCUCUGUUCUACCUUGGUUUGUAAAUAUAAUAUGCAUCUUGUCUUGUCAAUAGAUGGCAGCAAACAGCUGAAGUCCAGAAAUAAAAUUGAAGAGAAACAAAUGUUAUUAUAUUAUUAUUAUUAUUAAUGGGGGAUUUUUAAUAAUUUGUUCAUUUGGAGGAGAGUGAAAGGCUCCUAUAGAGCAGACUUAGUUUAGUUGGUCCUGUUGCACAAAAGAAAACUGAAAUUUGCCACAGAAAUAAGUUAAACAGAAAUAUUUUAACUGCGUUUAUUUGUAACAUAAAACAAAUAGAGGGAAUACGCUUUCUAUUUUUCUUAAAUAUCUUUAGAUUGUUUGAAUUUUUCAGUUUUAACAUAUAGAUAUAAUAAAAAGUGAACAAAUUAUUAGGAUUGGGAACUGUUAUCCAAUGAUCAUAGAAAGGUUGAAUCAGUUACUAAGGGGACACUCUGUGGCAUGAAUCCAGGCCUGACUUAACGCCAAUCUCGCAGAUCUCAAUCAUGUUGGGCCCCCGGAUUCACAUAAGUCCUUCCAAAUUCCACUGCGCCAUACAGACCCGUCCCCGAUGGGCGUGCGUAAUGGCCACAGCCCUCUCCAAAUAUAACUCCUCUUCAAAACAGAGGGAGAGAAAAAGGAGUACGGAAUUCUAACCCAAUCAAAAGCGGGUUGAAAUCUUGUCAGGCCAGACUUUUGUUUCGUGGAUAUAGAGUUCAUCUUUGAGCGUUUUGAUCCAUUCCGUGGCCCCGGAUGGUCCUGGUGCAGUGCACAGCGGGAGGCGCAUUGUUUUUAUGCAAACUGCUCGACAUGGUCAUUGUAUACGUUUGGGCAUAUAUGGAGCCGCUCUUGGCUGGGAGGACACAGCCCGUCUGAAGUCUCAAGGAGAGUUCUCCAACAGUUGUUCCUGCUGGCUCCUCUCCUCUGACUCCCUCUCCUUCGUAAUUAAUCGGCUCCCUCGCUAUGAGUUGCUUGGAUGUGAUGUACCACCAGAACUAUGGCGCGCACUACCUCCCCGCGGCGGCGUACAAGGCGACGUACUACAACCACCAUCCGCAGCAACAACAGAGGAAGCUAAAUGUUUACAGUAAGAUGCAAGAGUGCAUGGAGCAACAACAGCAAGGAGGAGGAAGAGGGAUGCUGCCCAGAGAUCUCCUGGAAGGAUCUGCUGUUGCUGAGUUAGGAAGCAGAUCACCAACCACUUUGGAGCUCAAAGACAGUAGUCAACCUGCAGAAGCUGAGUACCUGAGCUCCAGGUGUGUGCUAUUUACGUACUUUCAAGGCGACAUCGGGGAUGUGGUGGAUGAACACUUUUCCCGCGCUCUAAGUCAAUCUAGCACUUUCAGCGGUGAGACUAAGCCCAUCAGAACUACUCAACCCUCUGCGUCUGCCAAUUUAUGGAAAGACGAUGAUUCUCAAUCAGACAGUCAAGGCAGCUCGGCUUGGAACAACACUUUUGCAUCCCAGAACAGCUCUUGCCUCCCUACUGUCUCUAUCUCGCUCCACCCGGGCGUCUCCUCCAGCCCUGUGCCUUUCAAUCCUCCGGAUGGAGCCUUGUGGGCUGGCCACGUGCUUUCCCAGGCCAGCCUUCCAUCGGCAGCUCCCUUCUCCGAGAGCUGGACCUACAGUCUGAGCCCCCAGAACACGAGUGCCUACCCCAACGUCCACGAUGUUUACCAUCCUCACGUCCGUACCAACAUCCACACCCGGCACCAUCAAUCCAUGCUUCACACAUACUCGCCCCACAGCCCAACGCUGGAUCCCAGAUUCAAUGCACUGUUGCUGCCUGGCGUUAGGAGCCAAAGCCAGUCCACCUCCAGCACAAGCAGCUCCCCACACAGCGAGGCGGUGAAAACGGAGAUGGAUCCCAGCAGUCCCAGUCCCAUCCCAGCAGCCUCAGUCACCUGGACCCCCUCUUCUCUCCAUGGAUCUCUGUAUGACUCAGGUAAAUGUAAGAGAAUGUGUGACAUGUGCUUUAAAUCAUUAAAAAAUGUUAAUAUUUUUCCUUUUUUUUUCUUUCUGCAGCUGUUGAUCAGACCAAAGUAAAAACAUCAGUUUGGUUCUGACUGAUGCGAUUCAGAUGGAAAAUCAACCUGAACCAAAAAUGAAUGGAAAAGUGUCUUUCUUUCUGUUUGGCUGCAACACCAGCACAGUAAUGUAGACAUAUUAGCCAACUGUAGCUUUACCUGAGCAUCCCAGAAUGUCUCAAAAUAUUUUCAGGAUGAACUCAGGCUUUAGACACGGAUGCUUCUGGGGGCAUGCAAAGAAUGACUCAACAAAAGACUACUAGCUUUACGUGCAGAAGGCCUUCAUGCUGUUGAAACACAACUUUGCUUUUCAUUAAAUGUGAGGCUGAGUAGUUCUGUUUCAAGAGCUUGAUGCCUGAUCCACAUUGUGUUUUUGUUAAUGUUUUUUUUUUCUUUUGAUUGCUGUACAUUGCUCAUUGUGCAUGCACUCUUUUGUCAUGCCAAACUGUUGUGUGCUUGACAAAUUCUGCUUUACAUGCUGCUUGGUCACAACUAUUUUGUUUUGUUUUGUGUAUAUACUGGUACUAUGUGACAAAGUAAUACAUUUAUUAAACUGUUUAUGAAAAUUGAGUUCUUUCCUUCUUUCUCUUCAUAAA